AUGCGCAAGAGCCGGUGCUGCAUCGCCGUCCUUGCCGUUGUGGCCAUCAUCAUCAUGCUGCUCGCUGCUGGCGGCGCCUUCGGAUACAAGAAGCUCAAGAUUAGACCGCUCGAUGGGAAAUCUCCGCCCUGGUAUCCCACUCCAAGGGGCGGUUCCGUGCAUCAAUGGGCUGAUAGCUACAAAAAGGCGGCUGAAAUGGUGGCCAACAUGACGCUGGCAGAGAAAGUUAACAUAACCACCGGAACCGGAUGGAGCAUGGGACUUGCAGUUGGAAAUACGGCACCAGCGGUUCAUGUCGGAUUCCCUGCAUUAGCUCUCCAGGAUGGGCCGCUGGGCAUUCGCUUUUCGGACAAUAUCACGGCUUUCCCGGCGGGAGUGACUGUUGGAGCGACGUGGAAUAGGGAGCUCAUGUAUGAGCGAGGCAAAGCUCACUCACUUGAGGCUCGGGGCAAGGGCAUCAACGUCCUCCUGGGACCUGUUGUUGGCCCAUUGGGCAGAAUGCCUGCUGGCGGGCGAAACUGGGAGGGCUUCGGGGCCGAUCCAUACCUCUCGGGUGUGGCGGGCUACGAGACCAUCAAGGGCAUUCAGGACCAGGGCGUCAUGGCUACCAUUAAGCAUUUCGUCGCCAACGAGCAGGAGCAUUUCCGCCAGGCCUGGGAAUGGGUGCUGCCAAACGCUCUCUCGUCCAAUAUUGACGACCGCACUAUGCAUGAGGUGUAUGCCUGGCCGUUUGGCGAUGCUGUCAAGGCCGGAGUUGCUAGCGUCAUGUGUUCCUACAACAUGGUCAAUAAUUCAUACGCCUGCGGAAACUCCAAGCUACUGAAUGGCAUUUUGAAAGAUGAACUAGGAUUCCAGGGCUUCGUCAUGUCCGACUGGCUGGCGCAGCGAUCCGGCGUGGGCAGUGCCCUGGCUGGCCUCGAUAUGAGCAUGCCGGGAGAUGGCCUGCGUUGGCAGGACGGCAACUCCCUUUGGGGGCCCAACCUCUCUCGCGCUGUCUUGAACGGCUCAUUACCCCUUGAAAGACUCAACGACAUGGUUAUUCGCAUCGUAGCCUCGUGGUAUCAGCUGGGUCAGGACGAUAAGAAGCUGUUUGACAGGAAAGGGCCCAACUUUUCUUCAUGGACUAAUGACAAAAUGGGCGUCACGGCACCUGCUAGUUCGUCGCCUCAGGACAAGGUCGAGGUCAACAAAUUUGUCAACGUGCAGGCUAAUCACUCAAUACUGGCUCGACAGGUAGCCGCGGAGGGAACCGUUUUGCUCAUGAACGAAGGGGCCCUUCCUCUCAGCGUUGAUGGUCGUUUAAGUGGUGAUGAUUCAACCCAAACCAAGAGAGACGGCCAAGUAAGGAUAGGAAUCUUUGGAGAAGAUGCUGGACCGGGCAAGGGGCCCAAUUAUUGUGAGGAUCAGGCGUGCAAUGACGGUACCCUGGGCUCGGGCUGGGGAAGCGGUGCUGUUGUGUUUCCCUACUUGGUCUCUCCAAUUGAAGCUCUCCGCAAAAAGUUCAACAAGGAAAAGGUCAAGCUUACCGAGCAUCUGACGAAUGAUAAGCCGGCAAAGGACAUUGUCCAGAACCAGGACAUAUGCCUGGUCUUCAUCAACUCUGAUUCUGGAGAAGGUUAUCGUACGUGGGACAGCGUCCAUGCUGACCGCCCUGACCUCAAGGCGCAAAAGGGUGGUGAAGUGCUCGUCACUGAGGUCGCAAAGAAUUGCGGUGGCGGUUCAGGGACGACAAUUGUCAUUAUUCACGCCGUCGGACCCGUGACGGUGGACCCAUGGAUCGAUCUUCCCACCAUCAAAGCACUCGUCGCUGCCAAUCUACCUGGACAAGAGAGUGGAAAUGCCAUUGCGAGCAUCCUCUUUGGAGAAGAAAAUCCAAGCGGCAAGCUGCCGUACACCAUUGGCAAGUCCCUCGGUGAUUACGGACAAGGCGGUCAAGUCAUGUAUCUGCCAAAUGGAGUCGUCCCGCAACAAGACUUCAGCGAGGGUCUCUUCAUUGACUACAGGCACUUUGACAAGUAUAACAUUGAGCCCCGAUACGAAUUUGGAUUCGGGCUCUCAUAUACAACUUUCGAAUACAAAAACCUCAAGAUUACGGAGACCAAGCCAAGAUCGCCUCUACCUGAUGAGCGCCCGGCAGCUCCAGAGGUUGAGCCUCCGAAAUUUGAUACUGCCAUCCCGAAAACUGAAGAGGCAUUGUUCCCAUCGGGUAUUCGCAAGCUCAAGAAUUACAUAUAUCCAUACAUUGACUCCGUGGGUGACAUCAAGAAAGGCAAGUAUCCUUACCCUGAAGGCUACGACGUACAGCAGCCCCUAUCUGGUGCCGGCGGCGGCGAAGGCGGCAACCCAUCACUAUGGGAAUCUCACGUAACCGUAUCAGUCGAAUUGACCAACACGGGCAAGGUUGGUGGUAAAGCUGUGCCCCAACUAUAUCUCUCAUACCCAGCCUCAGAUACAGUUGAGUUCCCAGUUAGAGUUCUUCGUGGGUUUGACAAGAUUUUUAUCGAAAAGGGGGAGACGAAGACGGUCGAGUUUAACGUGACGAGGAGAGAUUUGAGUUACUGGGAUGUAGAAAAGCAGAACUGGGUUAUUCCAGACGGAGAGUUUACAUUUUCUGUUGGGGAGAGCUCGAGAGAUCUAAAAGUCACGGGGACGUGGUGA